CCUUGAGCGAGUCGCGAGUGAAAUUGAGAGUGUUAUAAUGAAAGUGCCGCAGUGCUUGAAUACUGAUUUCUUCAAGACAGUCGUUCGCAAUGGAUUUCACUUGACGGACUUCCAAAUUGCUGAUGCCAAAAUUGAAAUUGGCACUUCAGCCGGCGACAAUUACUGCAGUACAAUCUAUCGAGUGUUCCUGAGCAUCAUUGAUAGUCAGGCAAAUCACCAAAAGGUUCAGUUUCUCAUCAAACAUCUGCUCAGUUCAGACACUGGUGAAUCCCUGAUGAAGUUCAUGCACACAUUUGGGAAGGAAGUCGAUAUGAUUAAGAAUAUUAUGCCGAGGUUGACGAAAAUCACAGGUGGAACACAAUUUGUCGCAAGAUUUUAUCACUCCUAUUCAGAGCCACAAUCGAAUAUGAUUAUCGUGCAAGAUCUGAAAGAAUUGCAAUAUCGAAUGGCUGAUAGGAAAGAAGCACUCGAUUACGAUCACUGCUGCGUUGCACUCACGAAAUUGGGUCAAAUGCACGCCGCCUCGAUGAUCUUGACUCAAGAUAAUCCGUCUCUCAUGGACAACUACAAAUUUGGCAUUCUCCACGGAUCGGAAAACAAUCCGGGUCUCAUUCAGCAAAUCCUCGGCGCAAACUAUCCAGCAUUGUGCAAAGUGUCGAAAAACUGGGUGGGUUUUGAGGACAUUUCCCAGAAACUCAACGACAUGCAGGACAAAUUCUGGCGAAUUGUCUAUGAAUGUCAGCUGGGAAAGAAUGACAAAUACAAAGUUCUCAAUCAUGGUGAUUUUUGGAUCAAUAAUUUCCUCUUUAAGUACAACGAAGAGACUGGAAAACCCAUCGAUACACUAUUUGUUGACCUUCAGCUUUCAUACUACGCCUCACCAGCCAAUGAUUUGCAGUACUUCCUCAACACCAGUCCACAAAUACAAAUCCGCCGACAUCAGCGAGAAGAUCUGCUUCGCGUGUAUUACAAGUCAUUCCGCCAGACACUCAGAGAGUUGAAUCACAAAAUCAUUCCCACAUUUGACGAUCUUCUGGCAGAAGUGCGACAAUGGGAAAUGUUUGGCUUCAUGUCGGCCGUUUUCGUCCUUCCACUCGUCCUCAUGGAGAAGCAAUCGACACAAGGGAGUGGAAUUGAUGGCCUAGUGGAUCCAGAAGCGGUCCAAGAAAUGACCCAAAUCAUGUUCUCCGGGAAACGCUUCACCGAAGCAAUGCAGGAAAUUCUGCGACGAUGUGAUGAAAUGAAACUCUUUGAUUCACUUUGAUUGACAUGCAGAGUGAAUGAGGAAGGUCAGAUAAUAGAACAGUUCCAGAGAAUGGAUUUAGAACCUUGCUUUAAUCGUAAAAAAACAAACAAACCAGACAGAAAUAAAUCAAAAUAAAAUUUACGACUUGGUUUGCUGAGAUGUCCAAAUGAAUAUCUCAUUGAUAUGUUUUAUAAAUAAACCACUACAACUCUACAAACAACACAAACACGCCGUGCAAUCAGCUCAAUCAGCUGUUGAAGUUGACGAAAAGUAACAAUUAAUUAUUUAAAUGUUUCAAUUCAAUAUCUUUCAUCUUUAGUCAUUCCUAUUUAAUUAUUCUAUUAGCAAAGUAAAUAAAUUAACAUGUAUUUGAA